AUGAAGUUUCCGUUACCUCAUAUGCCUUUCGGGAACUACCCGGCGCUGUCUGAAGCGCAAAUGCAACAGAUUGAGCUGACCGUCCAACAAACAUUAUCAAAAGCCCUUGGUGACUACGAACAAAAUCAGCUGCAAGUGUUGCCGCGGUCACAGUAUAAGGUCGUCAAAAAAGUCGAGAAUCUUACUUGCUAUCGACAACGGUCGACAGCCUCAGCACGAGGAGCAACACGUCAUUAUUCGGAGCGCAUAACCUCCAGGUCCUCAAUGUCAUCACAACCGUUGACAUCAUUUCUUUCUCCAGCUCGUUACCGCAACAACGGGUCUGACCGGCCUUCACCAACGCUGAUAACCGUCGGAACGAUCGCCGGCACGCUGAAUGACGUCAUGUACGGACUGCUCGCUACGGAUGCAACGUCCACCUUUAUCCGGGCGUCGUAUACGAAGGAGGAGCUUUUAGAUACUGCGCUACUUCACAGCAUUCGAGCUCCGACACCAAGCAAACCAUUCCAAUUCUGUGGCGUUAAGUGGCAGGUGACAAAACUUUCCUCCCAGCGCGAUUUCGUAUUUGUGGAGGCUUCAGGAAUUGUCACUCGUACGAACGGAGAUCGUGUAGGUUACCACAUCAUGCACUCUGUCGAUCUGCCAGGUCUCGACGAGCUAGCAGACUGUUACCAAGUACUGCGUGGACGCGUCAUGUCUUGUCAUCUAUUCCGCCAGCUACCUCACAACACGGUCGACGUAUAUAUGAAAGGAAUUGUGGAUCCAAAUGGCUUUAUGCGUCAAGCUACUGCGAUCGUCUCGACAGCCAGCGCCCUUUUAAAAUUUUGUCAUGCCGUUGAGUGUUCGCACAAUAAGAAGCUUGAGUAUUUUCUGGAGCAAGAGCAGCUCAAAAGAGGCGAUACACUUAGUGUUGACAACCGCCGAAGCAACAACUUGGUCACGUUGUCGAUGACUAGCAGAUCGGCGUCAACCUGCACCGUGUGCGCUACAACCUUUCACCUGUUCCGCAAUGUCGCUUAUUGUGAACUCUGCUCAGAAGCAGUUUGCUCCCGGUGUCGCGUCACUCGACGACUGAGCUAUCGCGUCGCCCGUCUGAAAGAUCUCAAGCAGCAAAACACUACUUUCUGUAAAGCAUGUGUAGCUCAUGCCUCAAAUUACAGUGCUGUGAAUGUUGCUCGCAUUGAGCUAGUUGUCAGAUCGUCGCUGAUGGAGAAUAAUUCAGACGGUUUCAACACAUUAGUUUCUACGGAGCUAUGCCGACAUCUAACCAUCUUUUCUCCAUCUUCAUCUGAGGAUCUGUUGUCUCAAAGAAACCAUCUCAACACCUAUGAUUCGUCCGAUCAAGUUCGUCGACGAUCAGUGAGCUCCCACUCACCCGCGGCGAUAGAGAGAUUGGACGCUAAAGAUCUGGUCGAGGCAGAUUCGAUCCCCAGAUCGACGAUGAGUAGCACAAGCUGCGGAUAUUUGGACUUUUUUGAAAGCGUAAUUGGUUGGAGAAAGACUGAAUCGCCUAACGCAAACUCCACGUUGAUCGAAUCAGAAAAUGUGUGUCCACUUGCACGCUCAAUGCCGGUCAAACCCAGCCCUUCGAUGCUGACCAGCCCAUUGUGGCAUCAACGAGAACUCAUGCGACGCAUGGAGGAGCUGCGACAAAAUGUCGAGAGCGUUUAUCAAUUAACAUGGCGGAACACCCAGUCAAUGCGAUCGAGUGGUGUACGGUUAGUCUACUUGUAG